AUGAUAUGGGGAUUUUCUCCGGGAUUGUACUUUCUUUUCCGUUAUUUAUUUUUCAAAAAUGAAUUGAUUUUAUUAUAAAUAUAGGGGUAAUUUAAAGAAUCAUUAUUUUGAGAUAUACCACCUCUGCUUGUUGUAUUAAACAAAGUUCUGAAGAUAUUAGAGAUGGAAGCUUCUCAAACGAAUCACGACGAUCUGUACGACAGACACAUAUCUCUUUUAUCUGCCAUAGCAAGAAGGGCUAAUGAAUGGACUGUCUUAGAUGACCUUAAUGAUGAAGAGAGAAAAGCGCUUGAUAUCAAAGGUCUCAAUGAAAUUAUUUCUUUUGACUUUCCGGAGGUUAUCCGUAAAUUGAAGCUAGAAUCGUAUGCAAAGUUCUUGGUUACUCUUGAAGAGGAAAUCAAGUUUCCAUUAAUGUUCCGACCGACACCUGCUAUGAUUUUUAAUCUGAAUGAAAUCAGUUUUCUAGGAACAAAACCGAUGAAAGAACAUGCUGAGAGAGUGAAAUCAAAUCUGAUACAAGUCGUGACAAAAGAAAUAAAUAGAAAAUAUUGUGCAGACACACCACUUAUACAUCUCUCCGACGGUGAAUUCAACGUGCUUCUUACUCUCCGACCCCUUCUUGAUGGUGUCAAAUAUCCCGAUACUGUUUUAGCUUUACAUUGGAAAGUUAUCGAAAGUAAACUUGACACACAUUUGGAUAAACUAGCAACGGAUCACGAUCUUGAAAUAGAGAAUAUACGCUGGAUAAUACGCCUUCAAACGGAUGUCAAUUCACCAGAAUUCAUAAGAAACAAAGCUCUGAAGCUUCGUAAACUAAACGAAAAAUAUGUGAUUGAAAGGUUGUCCAAGAAAUAUGAUAUGCAAAGCGAUGUGCAUGAUUUAACUGAAACAGAGAAAAUAGUUCUUGAUAGACUUGAUGUUAUACGUAAUAAUUACCCUCCAGUUGUCGAAAGCCUUCACUGGAAAGUGACUCACAUUUUCCUAUGUAAAGAAUUUGAUGAUUUCAAGGCUAGAAAGUUAUCCGGACAUUCACUGGAACUCAUGCCUAAGAAGCUGAAAUUCCUCAUGACAAACGAGCGUUUGCCAGAUAAAACUAAGGACAAGGCCAGAGAAUUCAAUAAGAUAUUGAUGUGAAUAAAAAUGUUCACAUACAAAGUUGUAUGGAUAAUUACACAACUUAACUCUAAAUUGAAAUGAAACUUACGUAAAGUAGUAGUUACAUACGCUAUAUGAUUUGUAACAGUCUUGUUACGAUUCAUCAUUACUGUUAUGGUUCAGGGAGUAUCAAUAUUCUUUAAUGUAUGUAUUGUCGUUCAAAAUGUUUUGUAUACUUAGACAAAUAAUGACACCAUUUUCGUUUUUAAAUGAUUAUCUAGAAUAAUUAUCUCUUAAUUAAAAAUGUUACUUAUCCUGACUCAAUAAAAGAUUUUAUAAUUA